AUGUGUGGUAUCUUUGGUUACAUCAACUACCUGGUCGAGAAGGACCGCAAAUUCAUUCUCGACACUCUUGUCAAUGGUCUCUCCCGCCUCGAGUACCGUGGCUACGACUCUGCCGGUCUAGCAGUCGAUGGCGACAAGAAGAAGGAGGUGCUGGCCUUCAAGGAGGUCGGCAAGGUCGCCAAGUUGAAGAAGCUCAUUGAUGAGGCCGACAUCGAUCUCGAGCAGGUGUUUGAUUCACAUGCUGGUAUCGCUCACACCCGCUGGGCUACCCACGGCCCCCCCUCGACCACCAACUGCCACCCUCACCGUUCCGACCCCACCUGGGAGUUCACCGUCGUGCACAAUGGUAUCAUCACUAACUACAAGGAGCUCAAGACCCUUCUCGAGAGCAAGGGCUUCCGCUUCGAGACCGAGACCGACACCGAGUGCAUUGCCAAGCUCACAAAGUACAUCUACGACCAGCAGCCCAAGAUCGGCUUCACCGACCUUGCCAAGAUGGUCAUCCAGGAGCUCGAGGGUGCCUACGGUCUCCUGGUCAAGUCUGUCCACUACCCCCACGAGGUUGUCGCCGCCCGCAAGGGUUCGCCUCUCGUGAUCGGUGUCAAGACCGAGCGCCGCAUGAAGGUGGACUUUGUCGACGUCGAGUACUCGGACGACAAGUCGGCCCUCCCUGCCGAGGCUGCCUCCCACAAUGUGGCCAUCAAGAAGACCUCGGAACUCUUGAGCCCCAACCCCAGCCUGCUCGGCGCCCCCGACAAGUCGCUCCUCCACCGCUCGCAGUCGCGCGCGUUCAUGACGGACGACGGCAUGCCCAUGCCCACCGAGUUCUUCCUCUCCUCCGACCCGUCCGCCAUUGUCGAGCACACCAAGAAGGUCAUGUACCUCGAGGACGACGACAUUGCCCAUAUCCACGAGGGCUCCCUCAACAUUCACCGUCUUAAGAAGGCCGAUGGUAGCUCUAACGUCCGCACCAUCCAGACUCUUGAGCUGGAGCUCCAGGAGAUUAUGAAGGGCAAGUUCGACCACUUCAUGCAGAAGGAGAUCUUUGAGCAGCCCGAGUCCGUCGUCAACACCAUGCGUGGCCGUCUCGAUGCCGCCAACAAGACCGUCACCCUCGGUGGUCUGCGCUCCUACCUGCCCACUAUCCGCAGGUGCCGCCGCAUCAUAUUCAUUGCCUGCGGUACCUCUUACCACUCCUGCAUGGCUGUGCGUGGUAUCUUCGAGGAGCUCGCCGAGAUCCCCAUCGCGGUCGAGCUGGCCUCCGACUUCCUCGAUCGCCAGGCGCCCGUCUUCCGUGACGACACCUGCGUCUUCGUGUCGCAGUCUGGCGAGACGGCCGACUCGCUAAUGGCCCUGCGCUACUGCCUGGAGCGUGGCGCGCUGACCGUCGGUGUCGUCAACGUUGUCGGUUCCUCCAUCUCUCUCCUCACCCACUGCGGUGUGCACAUCAACGCCGGCCCCGAGAUCGGUGUUGCCUCCACCAAGGCCUACACGUCGCAGUUCAUCGCCAUGGUCAUGUUCGCCCUGUCUCUGAGCGAGGAUCGUGCCUCAAAGAAGGCCCGCCGCGAGGAGAUUAUGGACGGCCUGGCCAAUAUCUCGGGCCAGAUCAAGCAGAUCCUGGAGCAGGACAGCGCCAUCAAGGACCUGUGCAAGGCCACCUUCCAGAACCAAAAGUCGCUCCUCGUGCUGGGACGUGGCAGCCAGUUCUCGACGGCCCUUGAGGGUGCGCUCAAGAUCAAAGAAAUUUCCUACCUUCACUGCGAGGCCGUCAUGUCUGGUGAGCUGAAGCACGGUGUCCUGGCUCUCGUCGACGAGAACCUCCCCAUCAUCAUGAUCCUCACCCGCGACGACCUCUUCAAGAAGUCGCUCAAUGCCUACCAGCAGGUCAUUGCCCGCUCUGGCAAGCCCAUUGUCAUCUGCAACCCUAACGACGAGGAGUUCAAGUCCUCUGAGGCUGAGAAGAUUGAGAUCCCCCGCACCGUCGACUGCUUGCAGGGUCUCCUCAACGUCAUUCCUCUCCAGCUCAUUGCCUACUGGCUGGCUGUUCUCGAGGGUCUCAAUGUUGACUUCCCCCGUAACCUGGCCAAGUCGGUCACUGUCGAGUAA